GCAUUACAAAGUUGGCUACAUAGGACCUUGCAUCGGUUUAAAAAAAUCUCCUUUGAUUUUAAAAAGAAAAUUUCGAUUAUUUCGUUAAAUAAAAACCAUCGCACUUUGCAAUUGCAUAGUUAUGGAGAACAUAAAAAACGACCGUCAAUAUUAUAAUCACAUGGAGCACCGAGACAUCCAUAAUAACAACGAAUACAUCAAAGUCGAUUGGAGUGAUAUCAUUAAUGAACCGACGGGAGUUCGCAGCGCUGACUUUAGCUGGAAUUUAUCUUACAAAAUUUAUACUAAAAGCCAAAGCUGCUGCUACAAAUCAUUAGCUUACAUUUUGGGACCAAUUUUUGCCUUGUGGUUCGGAUUAAGUUUCGGCUGUCAGAGUUUUAUGCACAUCUGGUGUUACCAGCCAUGUCUGAGCCGUUUUAGAAUAAGAUUUUCCUUCCUACAACGAUUGAAUAUCAUUAUUUUGGAUGCGACGUGUGUGCCACUGAUGAAAGCUUGCAGUAACAUUUUUUCAAAUGUCAACGUGCGCUACGAGAAAAUGACAGCAGACUUUUCGCCGGCUCAUCGACAGCGAGAACGCGUUAUUCAGAUUGAACCUACUGAAAUUAUAUACGACGAUGCGAACAACCAAAAAUAGAAUUAAUCGAUAAUAUAUUGCUGCUCGGAUAUUUUGUUUAGGAAUUGGACGACGACGACACGUGAAAUAUCCGGAAAAAUGAAAGUACAUAGGUUAUUAUUUGGCUAGGAAAAAAUUAUUUCUGUGUAGCUAUUUGUUAAAGCUUGAAUUCAGUAUAAAAUAAAAUAGCAAAACUUUAAAUAAGAAAAUAUUAUAUUCGACCGAAAA